AUGUCGGCGGCUGGAAGCACGAUCCCGGGCAGCGAGACCACGGAGCCGACGCCCGCAAGUGCCGCAGGGCAGCCCAGAGUGGCGAACACGCGCGAUGCCAUCGUGGUGUGCGCGCGGUUCCGCCCGGAAAACCCGCUGGAGAGGCGGCAGAAGGGCCGGAACGUGGUGAGCUUCCACGACGGCAAGGCAGUGACUGUUGACGUCGGCGCGACGGACUACCGCGGGGACGGGCGGGAGGGCUACACGUUCACGUUCGACCGGGCGUUCGCGCCGGACUCGACGCAGGAGGAGGUGUACAACGCCACGGCGCGUCCAAUCGUGCAGGACGUGAUCGACGGGUACUAUGCUACGGUGUUCGCGUACGGCCAGACGGGCAGCGGGAAGACCUUCACGAUGGAGGGGCCGCACGAUGGGCGCGACGACACGUCGGAGGGGGUCAUCCCGCGCGCGGUGAAGCAGCUGUUCGACCACGUGGAGCAGAUGCGCGAGCCCAACAUCGAGGUGACGAUCUCCGCGUCGUACGUGGAGAUCUACAUGGAGCGCGUGCGCGACCUGCUCGACAAGACCGGGAAGAAGACGAACCUCGAAGUGAGGGUCGACCUCAGCCGCGGCGUGUACGUCGACGGCGCGACCGAGGUCCAGGUCAACUCGGACGGCGAGCUGCUCGGGCUGCUGUCCAAGGGCUCGCACCGCCGGCACGUGUCCGCGACGGGCAUGAACGAGGAGUCGUCGCGUUCGCACGCGAUCUUCAUGAUCAACGUCGUGCGCAAGGACACGGCCGACCUCACGGCGCGCACGGGCAAGCUCUUCCUGGUCGACCUCGCUGGCUCGGAAAUGGUCAGCAAAACCGGCGCCUCGGGGCAGCAGCUCGAGGAAGCCAAGCUCAUCAACAAAUCGCUGUCCAGCCUGGGCCUCGUCAUCAAGGCGCUCACCGAGCGCAACGUCUCGUUCGUCCCGUACCGCGACUCGAAGCUCACACGCAUCCUCCAGGACUCCCUGGGGGGCUCCGCGCGCGCGUGCCUCAUCAUCGCGUGCUCUCCGAGCAGCUACAACGUCAGCGAGACGAUCUCCACGCUCCGCUUCGGCACCCGCGCGAAGUUCAUUCGCAACAAGCCCCGCGUCCACGUGGGCUACGGCGGCACGAAGCUCGACGAGCUGCUCCAGAAGAAGGAGCGCCUCAUCGAGGACAUGCGCGAGGAGAUCGCGGUCCUCCAGUCCGAGCGCGCCCAGCUCCUCACCGCGAACAAGCUCUACCACGACCGCUUCGGCGACAUCGCUCCCACGGGCGAGGGCGCGCCGCCGGCGCUGACCGAGGUGGUCGAGUCGUACCAGCAGCACGUCGUGCGCAUGCGGCACGAGCUCCAGGCGAUCGAGCGCGAGGCGAAGCUCACCCGGAGCGCCACGGCGGAGGUGCAGCAGCACUUGCGCGAGGAGCGCGUCGUGUUUGGGAAGGUGGGCGCGGCGAUCGCGGGGCUCGUGGAGCGGUUCGGGGACACGAUCGACGGGCUGCGGGAGGACGGGCGGGCGAUCGGGGACAUGUUGCAUUUGGGGCGGUGGCGGUGCGAGGAGGUGCUGCGGAAGAUGGCGCCGCUUGCGCGCGCCGCGGGCGCGGUGCUGACGGCGGCGACGCGGCUGCGUGGGGAGGCGGAGGAGGUGGCGGCGGGGGGUGGGAGGAAGGAGGGGGGUGCGGGGGCUGCGCGGGCGAAGGCGAAGGUUGCGGCAAAAGCAGGGGGGGUGUCGGCAGGGAAGGGGGGGGAGUUGCCUGCGCCGGAGACGGGGUUCGGGCGGAAGGCGCUGGUGUCGGACCCGGGGAUCAAGGCCGGGCAGUGA